AUGCCGGAGUCUGCGGCAGACUCAUCCAGUGAUGAGCACGACUGGCAGGAAGAGAAGGAAGAUAUGCUGAUGAUGGUGAUGGUGGUGUUGCUCAUGCUGCUCUCUGUCGUUAUCUGGGUGGCAUUCUGUGUGGCCGUCCGCAAAACGGCGCGCAAGUUUAUUGAAUUGAAAAGGCAGAGACGAAGACAGGCCCUAAUAACAGCAGCAAUCAACCGUGCAGCUUCGACAAAUGAAGCGGACCGUCAUAAUGUGCUUCCGAUUUAUAUAACUACACUGGCUCAUGAACUAAAUGUAUUCGGGGCGAGGGAAGAGGAGUUGCCAACAUAUGAAGAAGCGCUUUCAAUGAGUUGCACUCCAAGCCCAAAUCCGGUUGCUCCGACGAGUAAUAGAGAUCGCGUGCCACCUUACAAGCCACGGUCUGGAAAAACUGGUGGCCGAGUGCUCAGAAUUGCUCCUGACCGCCCUGGCUCUAUCCCAACUAUAGUUCUACCGCCAAGUUACGAAAGCUCUGUCCGCCAUGAGGCUAUGCUCUCUCCUGCUGCCAGAAUACAUGCGUCGCCGGUUCCCACCUCAUCGAACGCCACCGCACCGAGCACCUCCACUUCUCCGCCUAUCUACACCAUUUCUGGAAAUAUGCACGUCACUGAAUGUUAA